GGAGAAAGUGGCAAGAGUACGUUCAUUAAACAAAUGAGGAUUAUUCAUGGAUCAGGUUAUACAGAAGAAGACAGGAAAGGCUUCACAAAACUGGUUUACCAAAACAUAUUUACUGCCAUGCAAGCAAUGAUCAGAGCCAUGGAUACUCUAAAGAUACAGUACAUAUCCAAAGAGAACGAGGAGAGUGCUCAGAUGAUCAAAGAAGUGGAAGUGGAUAAAGUGACGGUGCUGGAAAGAGAACAAGUUAAAGCAAUCAAGAAUCUCUGGGAAGACCCAGGAAUUCAAGAAUGCUAUGACAGAAGGAGGGAGUUCCAGCUCUCAGACUCUGCUAAGUAUUAUCUUACUGACCUUGAUCGUAUUGCUAUGCCCUCAUUUGUGCCAACUCAGCAAGAUAUUCUUAGAGUCCGAGUGCCAACUACAGGAAUUACCGAGUAUCCUUUUGAUUUAGAAAAUAUUAUAUUUAGGAUGGUGGAUGUAGGUGGCCAAAGGUCAGAAAGAAGGAAGUGGAUCCACUGUUUUGAAAGUGUUACUUCCAUCAUUUUCUUAGUUGCAUUAAGUGAAUAUGAUCAAGUCUUGGCAGAAUGUGACAAUGAGAAUCGAAUGGAAGAAAGCAAGGCCUUAUUUAAAACUAUCAUUACAUAUCCCUGGUUUCUGAAUUCUUCAGUCAUUUUGUUUUUAAAUAAAAAAGAUCUUCUAGAAGAGAAAAUCAUGUAUUCCCAUCUCAUUAGUUACUUUCCAGAAUACACAGGACCUAAACAAGAUGUCAAAGCUGCCAGAGACUUCAUUUUGAAGCUGUAUCAGGAUCAGAAUCCAGACAAGGAGAAAGUAAUCUAUUCCCACUUCACUUGUGCCACAGACACAGAAAAUAUUCGUUUCGUCUUUGCUGCUGUCAAGGACACGAUCCUGCAAUUAAACCUGAGGGAGUUUAACCUGGUUUAA